AUGGUGGCAGAUGAUGGUCCUCACAGUAGAGGCUGCCGUCGCACAUCGCAUCGAACCUUGUUCUUGAGUGUGUCUUCCUUGUUGGUUUUGGUGGUGGCGUCCACGAUCUGCAAAAACUACCGGUACAGGGGAGAUUUGAUUGAUCGGGUAUCCAAUAAUAAUAAUAGUGGUAUACUUACCGAAAGGAAAACCGAGCACGACAAUAAUAUCAUCAGCAGCCAUCACAAGAGCUAUACCCUUCCAUCCUUGGAAUAUGGUGGGAUCAUCUUUUACCUACAUAUACCAAAGACAGGCGGAACAACCAUUCGAGAGCUUAUCAAGUAUCGAAAGAAUGGCAGACGGUCUAGAGUCCAUUACAUUUAUCUGACAGGGCCGCGCGAAUACAACGACACUAUGCAGCUGAUGAAGGAUUGGGUUGUCCGUGGCACUGACAAUCAAGAAGUUGUCUUCAUCGAAUUUCAUGCACUCGAAAGAAAUUGUCCCACGUUUCUACAUUUGAGUCAAAACGAAUUGCCUCGGUGGAAAAAUCUCGCAAACGAACACAAUGUGCCAUUCUUUUCCUUCACCAUUCUACGAGAACCAGUGGCAAUGGCCAUUAGUUUCUUCAACUAUUACCAUGGCAUUCCACAAAAUCCAAAAGGUUUUGGAAUCUAUUGUAUCGAAGACAUAUUUGCGCAUGCAACUAUCGCCAAUCCACAGUGUCUCUUCAUGGCGCGAAACGAAGAUGCCUACACUAAGACCGGCAAAGAUCUGAGGGACAGUUUGACUCGUGACGACUGCCGUCAAGCGUACAAGAGCAUCCUACACUUGUUUGACUGGGUUGGGACAACCGACAGACUUGGGAAUGAGACGCUUCUUUUGUUGAGGCGUCUCUUUCAAAGCAACCAAAGCACACAACGACUCAUUCGGAAUCUCAAUAAAACCGCUAAUACCGCCGGAUUAAGUGCGCCAAUCCACUUGAGAGAUCUCAACGGAACUACCAUACAGUACAUUCGUAGAAUGACAUCGUGGGAUCAAGAACUGUACGAUGCCGCCAAGAAAGGCGAAUUCCCCGCGGACUUUGGACGCUGGAGCUUGAGCUGA